AUGGCCGGACCAGCCGAGCAGCGGGAAUCCCCCGCUGUAACCGCAGCUGCAGCCGCUGCGACGGCGGCGACAUCGCCAGUGCCGUCGCUGGAGGAGCUGCGUGCGACGGUGGAGGAGCGCGCGGGCGUGCCGCUGGGUCAGCGCGAGCGGCUGUCGAAGGCGGCGCAGCGGCUGUUCGGCGCGGCGGAGAGCGACGUGCGCGUGACGCUGUACCGCGACAACUCCGCGUGGUGCCCGGUGGAGAAGAUCAACAUGCGGUGCUACGGCCCCAAGCCCGAUUGGUUCAUGCAGAUGGUGCCCUCGGGCCUGCUGCCCGUGCUCAAGCUGGACGGCAGGGUGAUAACAGAGUCCCUAGACAUCAUGUUUGCUAUAGAGCGCGCCUUCCCCUCGCACAAGCCCCUGCUGCCGCCACCCUCCGACCGUGCGGCCACGCAGCGGGUGGAGCGGCUGCUGCGCCUGGAGAGGCAGCUGGCGGGCGCGUGGCUGCAGUGGUCGCGCAUGGGGGACAGCGCGGGGGGGCUCAUGGGGGGAAUGUUCAGGCGCGGAGGCGGAGGGGGGAUGGGCGCGGGGCAGCGCAUGUUUGAGGAGGCGCUGGAUGCCGUGGAUGCAGCACUGCUGGAGGGCGGUGGCCCACUGUUCAUGGGCGACCAGGUGAUGAGGGGGAGGAUGGGCGGGGGAAUGGGGGGGGAGAGGGUGGGUGGGGGGGUGGGCUUGGGGUUGGGUGGAGGGAAAGGGCAGAGGGAUGGGCGCGGGGAUGGGCAGAGGGGACGGGUGGAGGGGGUGGGCGAAGGGGGUGGGCGUAAGGGGUGGGCGGAGGGGAUGAGCGGGAAAGAGGAUGGGGGGGGGGGAGGAUGGGCGGAGGGGAUGGUCGAAAAAGGGGAUGGGGGGGGGAGGAUGGGCGAGGGGAUGGUCGGGAAAGGGUAUGGGGGGGGGGGAGGAUGGGCAAGGGGAUGGUCGGAGGGGAUGGGGGAGGGGGAAGGGGGGUGGAUGAAUGGAGGGUAUGGGCAGGGGGUGGGAAGACGGCACCCCAACCUCGCUCACAAUCCCCCUCCUCCCCCACACACGCAACACCCCCUCAUCCUCCCCCUGCAGUUCUCCAUGGUGGACGCGGUGUAUGCGCCAUUCCUGGAGCGCACAGCAGCCAGCAUCCCCUUCUGGAAGGGCCUCACAGUGCGUGGCAACACGCGCUGGCCCGCGCUCAACGCCUGGUUCACAGCCAUGGACGCCCGCCCGCCGUAUCUCGCCAUGAAGUCCGAUGACUUCACCAUCACCCACACCCUUGAGCCGCAGAUCGGCCCCGUUGUUCUCGCCGACGCAGGGGCUGCACACCGUGAUUAUAUUGAGGGGCGGGACGGGACUGGUGCGUGGGAUUUGCCGUUACAGCCGGAGGUGACUGCGUGGGGGGAGGACGAUGGGACAGGCGGGGCGGGGCGGCAGGCACAGCAGGAGGCAGUGGAGUCGAUUAUUCUCAACCAUGAGUUGUUGGUGUCUUUCUGCCUGCGCGCCUUGCGGGAUCAGUCCUUUCCUGGUCAACGGGUCAUGCUGGUUGGAGGACGGCCCCGGCUGCAGCCGCCUUCUGAUGCUGAGCUGGAGGCAGCGAGGGAGCGGCUGGCGCCAGCUGUCAGCGAGGCCCUGCGCCACGUGGCGCAUGCUCUGCUGGAAGGCACAGAGGCGGUGGGGGCAGCAGUGCCAGCAGGGCUGCUUGGGGCGUUGAGCGGAGAGGAGCAGGAGGAGGUGGCAGUGUGUGUGGCUUAUCUGAGGGACAGGGUGGGAGUGCCAAGGGACCUCACUUACCCUGCUGCAAGGCAGCUGAGGGCGCACCUGCAGUGGAUGGUACGGCUGCUGGGCUCCAAGGUGUAG